CUCGACGCGCCUUGUGCUCUCUCGUUGACUCUCCCGUUCCUCCCCCACACACCCACCUCCCGUCGUUCAUUACCUUCUGCAAUCCGUUAUCCGCCAUGGGUGCCAAUCUCUCGAAGGCUCUGGGGAAGAUUUUUGGGAACAAGGAGAUGCGGCUGUUGAUGCUGGGGCUUGACGCUGCGGGCAAGACGACUAUCCUCUACAAGCUCAAGCUGAACCAGUCUGUCACGACCAUUCCGACUGUCGGGUUUAAUGUGGAGACGGUGACAUACAAGAAUGUCAAGUUCAACGUCUGGGAUGUCGGAGGCCAGGACAAGAUUCGGCCUCUGUGGCGGCAUUACUACACUGGCACCCAGGGUCUCGUGUUCGUCGUCGACAGCCAGGACCGCGAGCGCAUAGACGAGGCGAAGCAGGAGCUCCACCGUAUAUUGAGUGACCGCGAGAUGAAGGAGUGUCUCUUGUUGGUGUUUGCGAACAAGCAAGAUCUGCCCGGAGCCAUGUCGCCAGCUGAGGUCACGGAGAAGUUGGGCCUCCACCGCAUGCGUGAUAGGUCAUGGUAUGUUCACCCCAGUUGCGCGACUACGGGAGAGGGUCUGUUCGAGGGUCUUCAGUGGCUCUCGCAGAACGUGAAGAAACGCCAGGCGUAAACUGGUCGCCCUCCACUUCAUACCGGAAAAUUGGUUGGGAUUCCCCUCUGGUCUGAUCUAUACCCCGACACGUCUCUGGUGAUCUCGACUAUAUAACGGCCCGCAUGACGCACGAUCGCUCGCACGACGGACAGCCAGUCCACACGUUUCCCGCUCUCGCCACCCACUCCUGUUAGCUGCCGCUUGCCUUACUUACAGUUUCCUUCUCUCUUCCCUAUGUUCAUGUGUUACCCCCUUCACCGAUGAUACACCUAUGUACUCGCACUUUAAUGGAUGGGCCUCCGCCUGCUUCGUGUCCCGGUCAGAACUGCCGUCUUGCGUCUCGCGUCGUUAUAGCUGUGCUCAGUCUCACUAUCA